GUGUCUGUGCGGGAAAUAGUCCUCAGUGUUCUUGAAGCUUUUCAGUGUCAAGAAGUCUUCCAAUGUUCAGUCGUGCUGUAUAUGUAUAGACAUUAUCGAAACAAUCCUGAGUUAAAUCCGGCGGAAUUUUUCGAAGCGGAUUUGUUUAUUUAAUUGGCUUCUUGAUUUUCACGAAGCGAAAUAGAAGAGAAAUGGGUUGCGUAGGGAGCAAAGAUCAGCAGAAAGCCGCAUACGAUAGAUUAUCGCAAUAUCAACUAGCUUCUCUUGAAGAAUCAAAAGGGUUGAAGAAGGUACCUGUUCCUUUGAAUCCGGAAGAAGAUCGCAAUAAAGACCACAGCAUAUCGCCACGUCAGUUUCACAACUUGUUUUAUGAUGGCUUUUAUGCACCGUACAUGAGCAACCCAGAUUAUUUAAUGUUGGUCGACGCCCGCGACGAAAAUUCCUUCCUUGAAAGACACAUUCUAUCUGCUCGGUGGUACGGGGUUCUUCCAUUAGAUAAUCUCCAGGACUUGAGCAAGUACACCCUUAUUAUUCUUUACGACCAAGAUGGCAGUGGUAUCGAGGACCAAGACUCAAAUAUGAGCAAGUUAGAAGCUCAAUUGAGAAAAGCCAAAUUGGACCCUUUCUGCAUUUGCGGCGGCAUCACAGAAAUCGAGCGCUCAUUGCCUUACAUGAUUGCUUCCAAUGUUCUGGGUGUUCCAGAACGUCAGCUAGCGCUCGGUUGGUAUCCAUCAAUCAUCUUAGAAGAUACGAUGUGGCUUGGAAGGAUGGAACAAGGAUCAAAUACAACCAUCCUUUUAAAUUUAAAUCUUACCCAUUUGAUACACAUUGGACAGACCGGACCUGCGUUGGCUUUUCCUGGCAUGACGUGUUUAACAGUCAACUGGAGCGAGAGCCUGAAAGGCCAAGAGUUGUAUAACGCACUCAAAGGAGCAGCAUCAUUUGCCAUCAAAGCAGCUCAGGAAAAGGGCCGUAUACUGAUCCUAGGCGACCAAGGAGUGAACCGCAGUGCGACUUUAACCAUGGCUGUCCUGAUGCAAGAUAAGAACUGUACCCUGGAAGAUGCAUUUUAUUAUGUCAAGUGUUUGCGACCGGCAGUUCAGCCAAGUCCUUCUCAUUUAGAUGUUCUAAGUAAGUUUGAAACGGAGCUUUUCGGGAAGAAGAUCUCGUCCGUUGAGGAUCUAUGGUGAUCGAUUCGCAUGGAUUCAUUCUCAUAGCCAAGUUACGCAUAAGCGAUUUUUUUGGUCUACACCGUGCAGCAAAAAAAUUUUAAUCAUAAUUUUAGUAUGUUAUCCAAAGUUUAAAGAAAAAAUUGUUGGAAAUGUUAACUGGGCGUAUUUCAUGAAAAGGACAUAUAUGUAAUUAACGAAACCACGUCUGCGGCAUAAAAAAUUAAUUUUGGAUCACCCCCACGAGACCAUGGAUAUCUUAUUAUCCGAUUGUUGUAAUGCAGAUAUCCUCCACUUUUCUCUGUGUAUCGAGUUUCUUUGACUAUCUAAAAUUUAACUUGUGUUGACUACGUUCUAUACUUCGAAAAAUUCAAUCUUACUACUUUUAAAAAAGAUUUUUUUGCAACUUAUUCUAUAUAAAUAAACAUAUCUAAAUGCCUUAAAUCUAAUCAAGCUUUCUUGUUCUUAAAAUUAAACUGUCAACUAUUUGAAUUAAAUCAUAUAAUAACUCAUA